AGCGCUAUAGGCUCUCUGCUUUGGGGACAGGGACGCAGCUUGCAAACCUGGGCAUGCUUUCCUUUGGCUAAACGUUUGUUGUUAAUCUUAAAGGCUUUGUGUGAAACAAGACAAGACUCAGACAGAUCUGUUGCCAUGGUGGAUGUGUCUGUCCUCUUUUUUCAGGUGAAGGUAAUUUAGUUUUUUGUCACUGGUGCCACAAGAGGACAUGCAAGGAUUUAUUCUUUCCAGAAAACUCCAGUCUAAGUUGAAGUUGUAGUCCUUCUGUGAUCACUGUGGCAACAAGCAAACAAGAUUCUCCAAUCACACUGAGAGAAGAGCAGGAGGGGGCAUGGGAGACAAUAUACCUGGAGGAAUUGUAGCUGCUGCAAAGAACCGUCUGCAGGUGGUGAAGGGCUUGGAAGAUGUGGAGGUGUCUGAGUGUGAGAGCUGCUCCUUUGAAGUGAAACUCAACCUGGCCUAUAUCGAGGGUGUGUGGACCAGAGAUGGGAUGCAGCUUAAGUCAAAGCCCAACUGGCGCAUCAGCACACAUGGGAAGAAACACUCCCUCGUACUGAACAGGGUGGCUUUGGGAGAUGCAGGCCUGUUCUCUUUUCAGGCCAAUGGCAUUCAGACCUCAUGCAGACUCAGUGUCACAGCUAGGGACAUCCACAUAGUGAAAGAGCUCGAAAAUGUUGACACAAUGGAGCGUCAACCUGUGAAUUUCCUGUGUGAGGUCAACCAGGUGGAUUUGGAUGGUCGGUGGUACAGAGAUGACUGCCGAAUCCGACCUGGGGACAACAUCAAGAUCAGAUACCAGGGUAAAACUCACACCCUGUUCUUCAAGUCAGUCAGGCCAGAGCAUGCUGGAGAGAUCAGAUUCACUGCAGAGCGUGUCUCAUCCUAUGCAACUCUCACAGUGAAAGAGCUCCCAGUCCAAAUAGUGCGUCCUCUGAGGGUCAAGAUAGCCAUGUAUCGCCACCGGGGUCUGCUGGAGUGCCAGGUGUCACGGCCUAAUGCUCAGGUCCGGUGGUACAAGAACAGGAAGGAGCUCCUGCCCAGUAAAAAAUACCAACUGAUCAGCCAAGAUGUCUACAGGCAGCUGACCAUCGACAACGUCUGCUCUUCAGAUGAGGACACCUACACCUGUGAUGCAGGAGAUGACAACACCUCUUGUCAGCUUCUCGUGGAGGAGCAGGCUAUCAGAAUAGUGAGGGGGAUGAGCUCAGUGGAGGUGAUGGAGCCAGAGCCAGCGCUGUUCCAAGUGGAGACCAGCCUGAAAUCAGGGAGGCCUCCCCGGUGGACCCUGAACGGUGAGGUGCUGGAGCCUAGCGCAGCAGUGAACAUCGACAGGAAAGGCACCCUCCACAGCCUCUGUCUCACCUCCACAGAAAGCUCCAUGUCGGGCCCCGUGCUCUUUGUAGCUGGCAAGAGUCGUUCCACUGCUCAGCUCACUGUCAAAGAGCGACCUCUCCAGGUUGCCCACCACUUGGACGAUGCAGAGGCGAAAGAGAACAGCUCUGUGACUCUGAGCUGUGCGUUUUCCCCGUCUCCCAGGGUGGUGCGGUGGUUUAAAGGUCGUACGGCUCUGAAGACCUCGAACAAGUACAGCAUGAAAAGGGAAGGGAAGCGAGCACAGCUGACCAUUCAUGGCUUGACAGGGAUGGAUGCAGGACAGUACCGCUGCAUGGCUGGGGGCUCCCAGAGCACAGCUCAUGUUAAGGUUGAGGUGCGAACACUGAAGUUGGUCAAACACUUAGAGCCAGUGGAAAUGGAGGAGGAUGGCAUGGCAACAUUCUCCUGUGAGCUCAACUAUGUGGUCGCCAACGUGGAGUGGCUCCUUAACAAUGUUCGCCUCUAUUGCAAUGCCAUCAACAGGAUCCAGCACAUGGGCACUAUGCACAGCCUCACAAUAAAGACGCUGCGACCACAGGAGAGCAGGGUCACAUUCAAAGCCGGCCUUCUCUCUGAGACAACCACCUUAAAGGUCAAAGAGCGCCCAGCAGUGUUCCUGAGGUCUCUGGAGGAUGCAGUAGGAGAAGAGCAAGGGGAAGUCUGCCUGCAGUGUGACAUUUCCAAAGAGACAGUGACCCCUGUUUGGAGGAAGGAUGGUAUGGUCCUUACCGCUGAUGAUAAACAUGAGUUACUCCAGUUUGGGAAGUCCAUGGCAUUGAUCAUCCAUUCCCUGAGCAAGGAUGACGCUGGACUGUACACCUGUGACCUGGGCACCAGCCAGACCAAGGCCAAAGUUACUGUACAUGACUUACAUAUCACUAUUGUUCAACGUAUGAAGACAACAACUGUCCUGGAAGGCGAAAGCUGUACUUUUGAUUGUCACCUCUCUCAUGAUCUCAAUGAUGAGCCUUCCUGGACCAUCAAUGGCCAGGUGUUGGUCCCCAAUAGCCGUAUCCAGGUUAUCAACAAUGGCCGCAACUAUAGGAUGACCAUUAAAGAUGCUAUACUGACUGACGCUGGAGACGUGGUCUUCACAAUUAAAGACUUGAGCUGUAGGACUAUGCUCUUUGUUAAAGAGAAGCCAGUGCACAUAUUCAGGGAGUUGUUGAAUGUCAAGGCGGUACCUGGUGAGGACGCAGAGCUGAGCUGUGAGAUCACCAAACCAGAAGUCACUAUCCGUUGGCUGAAAAAUGGCCAUUUGAUCAGGCAGAGCCCAAAGUAUGAAAUGAGUGUGGAGAAGAACUUUGCGCGAUUGGUGAUCAAGAAUACCACCAUCAGAGACUCUGGAGAGUACUGCUGUGAGGCCGAAGGCAUUGCCUCGCGUGCCAAGCUGGAGAUCAGAGAACUUCAGCACACAUUUGCGAGGGAGUUAAGGGACACACGAGCAGAGGAAAAGGGUAAAGUGACCCUGGAGUGUGAGACCAGGCGGCCAGCCAAGCGGGUGACCUGGCUGAAGGGCAUGGUGGAGCUGAGGUCUGGUAGGAAGUAUGUCAUCAGGCAGAAGGGCGUGGUGCUGUCCCUAACCAUCACUUCACUGGAGAAAUCGGACACAGAUGUAUACACGUGUGAUGUCAGUACCAUGCAAAGCCGGGCACAGCUGACUGUGCAGGGUCAGAAGGUGUUGAUCCUGGAUGAAUUAGAGGAUGUUGAGUGUCUAGAGGGCGACACAGUCACAUUCAGGUGUCGUAUUUGUCCCAGUGACUACAUCGGGGUCAAGUGGUAUCUGGACGAGACUCUGCUGUACACCAAUGAGCUCAAUGAGAUCCAGAUGUUGCCCGAAGGCUUCCACACCCUCACAUUUAGACAGCUUGCCCGCAAAGACACUGGCACUAUCUCGUUUGCAGCAGGGGACAAAAGAUCGUACGCCUCAAUGUUGGUUAGAGAGAGACGUCCCACCAUCAUUAAAUCGCUUGAAGACUGUGAGGCUAUUGAAGGAGGUGGUUUGGUUUUGUCUUGUGUGGCCUCCAAGCCAUGUCACAUCCUGUGGUACAAAGAUGGCUGCCUGAUGUGGAACUCUUCAAGGUAUUUUGCCAGUCGUUCUGGCUGUGAGGCCCGGCUGACGAUUCGGGAGGUCUGCAACAACGAUGCUGGAGUGUACGAGUGCAGUGCUGGAUCUGUUACAACUAGGGCCGUCGUAACUGUCAAAGCCAUCCCAGCAGAGUUCACCCAGUCUCUAAAGACUGUGGAGGCCAAAGAGGGGGAGACCGUGACCCUGACCUGUGAAUACUCUCUGCCUGGGGUCCAGUUCCACUGGAGGAGAGGUUUUCAGAGUAUCAGGCCUGGAGAUAAGUACCUGAUGAAACAGAGGAAGACCAUUAAUUCCCUGACCAUCAAAGCCCUGAAGCCUGAGGACUCAGGAGAAUAUACCUGUCAGUGCAGAGAUCACCAGACUACAGCAAGCCUCAAAGUACAUGUUGUUCCCAUUACAUUUAUACAACAGUUAAAGGACAUGCAAACAGAGGAGGGAAGCAAUGUCCUAUUGCGCUGUGAGCUGUCUAAACCUGGAAUUCCAGUAGAAUGGAGGAAGGGACAUGAUCUGUUGAAGAAUGGAGUUAAAUACCAGAUAAGGAAAAGGGAGACCAGCCUGGAGCUUCUGAUCUGGAAGCCUGUUCCUGAGGACAGUGGGCUCUACAGCUGUGUGUGUACUGAUCAAAUGACAUCUGCCACUGUCAAAAUCACUGCUCUCCCAGUCACCUUCAAGCAGAAGCUGAGGAAUGUGCUGGUUGAGGAGGGCAACACUGCGGCUUUACGCUGUGAGCUGUCAAAGUCUGGUCACACUGUGGAGUGGAGGAAGAGGGGGGAUGAACUCAUCCGGAGUGGAGAGAAAUAUCAUAUGCGGCAGAAAGACAUGCUGAUUGAACUGAGGAUCUUCGAUGUUACACCUGAGGACAGCGACAUCUACACAUGCAUCUGUGGGAACAUAGAGACCACUGCAACUCUGACUGUUAAUGCUCUUCCCAUCAACUUUAAGCAAAAACUGAAGAACCUCCAAGUAGAGGAAGGUCACAACAUCACACUAUAUUGUGAGAUCUCUAAAGCGGGUGUCCCAGUGGAGUGGAGGCUUGGAGGAGAUCUGCUGGAGAACGGAGAGAAGUACCAGAUUAAGCAGAGGGACUCGGCCCUGGAGUUGAUCAUCAGAGAUGCUGAACCAGAGGACAGUGGGAUCUACACCUGUGUUUGUAGAGAGCAGAGAACAAAGGCCACUGUUAAAGUUAUCGCUGUUCCUGCCACAUUUAAAGUAAGUCUGAAGAGCCAGGAGGCCGAAGAAUAUAGCAGUGUGACAUUAUGCUGUGAGCUUUCAAAGAAAGGAGUCGCGGUGCAGUGGCAGAGAGAGACUCAGGUGCUGUCCGAGGAGCUAUAUCGAGGAAAGUAUCAGAUGAAGCUGGAAGGAAAGAUAGCUCAGAUGACUAUUCUCAACGUCCAACCAGAAGAUGCAGGGAAGUACAGUUGCAUCACAGGAGAUGAGAAAACCACAGCUGAAGUCAAAGUGAAACCACUUCCUGUGACAUUUAAACGAGAGAUCCAGCGCCUGGUGGUGAAGGAAGGGGACAGUGGAGUGUUCUGCUGUGAGCUCUCCAAACCUGGAGCUCCAGUGGAGUGGAGGAAAGGCAGGGCGAUCCUGAAGCCUGGAGAAAAAUACGAGAUGAAGCAGGAGGGACCUUUCACUAAACUGGUUGUCAACAACGUAGAGGAGAACGAUGCUGGAAAAUAUAUCUGCAAGACUAAAGACUGCCAAUCGACUGCUGAGCUCACUGUCCAAGAAUCACCUGAGCGCAGACGCCAAAGAGGUUUACCACCAAGUUUUAAGAUGCCCCUAGUUAACCAGGAAGUGAUGGAGGGCAACAGUGUGGCGCUGUGCUGUGAGCUCAACAAACCUGCCCCUUCAGUGGAGUGGAGGAAAGGAGGAGAGCUGCUGAAGAACGGAGACAAGUACCAGAUGAGGAAGAAGGACCUGCAGGUGGAGAUGAAGAUUGCGGACCUCAGUCUGGACGACACUGGAGAUUAUACCUGUAUAUGUGGAGAUCAGAGUACCAAAGCUAGGAUCAUUGUGAAUGAGCGGCCCAUCAAAUUCCUUCAAGAACUGAAGAAUAUUCAGGUGCAGGAGGGCAAUGGAGUGACGCUCUGCUGCGAGCUCUCCAAACCAGGCAUUCCAGUGCAGUGGAAGAAGGGAGACAAGGUGUUGACCAACGGAGAGAAAUACCAGAUAAAGCAGAGCGGCUCCACCCUGGAGCUCCUCAUCAGGAAAAGCCAGCCUGAGGACAGUGGCACAUACAGAUGUGUUUGUGAAGACCUAAAAACGACUUCCACCGUCAUCAUUACUGCGAUCCCGGUGACUUUCAAGCAAAAGUUGAAGAACCAGGAAGCUGUGGAGGAGGGCAGUGUGACACUGCGCUGUGAGCUUUCUAAAGCAGGAGUUCCAGUGGAGUGGAGGAAAGAUGCUCAACUUCUGAAGGAGGGAGAAAAAUAUCAGAUGAAGCAAGAAGGCAGGACGGCUGAGAUGCUGAUCAGAAAUUUAACUCUCAGAGAUUUGGGGGAGUACAGCUGUUUUGUUGGCACUGUUGUGACUUCAGCUGACAUCAAAGUAAGAGCGAUUCCUGUAACAUUUAAACAAGCGCUGGAGAAUUUGGAGGUGAAGGAAGGGGACAGUGGAGCUUUCUGCUGUGAGCUCUCCAAACCUGGAGCUCCAGUGGAGUGGAGGAAAGGCAGAGUCAUCCUCAAACCUGGAUACAAAUAUGAGAUGAAACAGGAGGGACGUCUCACUAAACUGAUCAUCAACAACAUGGAGGAAAGUGAUGCCGGGAAAUACACCUGCAAGACUAAAGACACCCAAUCAACUGCUGAGCUCACCGUCAAAGCUCCUCCCAUCACAUUCAAGACAAAGUUAAGGAACCAGCAGGUGGAGGAGGAGAACAGCGUGAUGUUGAACUGCGAGCUGUCCAAGCCCGGCCUUGCUGUGGAGUGGAGGAAAGGACAGGAGCUGCUGAAGAAUGAUUUCAAGUACCAGAUUAAAAAUCGAAACAGCAGCAUGGAGCUGACCAUCAAAAACGCACAGCUAGAGGACAGCGGACUUUACAGCUGUAUCUACGGCGACAUCAAGACCACAGCCAACAUCACCAUUACACCUAUCCCCCUCUCCUUUAAAAUGGGUCUGAAGAACCAGGAGGCCCCUGAAGGAGGCAACGUGACCCUUCGCUGUGAGCUGUCCAGGACUGGGGUGCCUGUGCAGUGGUGGAAGGCGGAGGACCAGCUCUAUCACGGAGGAAGAUAUCAGAUGACAUUGAAGGGGAGGACAGCUGAAAUGCACAUCAAAAACAUCCAGCCCGAGGAUGUUGGCGAGUACAGCUGCGUCUUGGGGGAGCAGAAGACAACGGCUGAAGUCAACGUGAGAGCGGCAGCAUCAGUGUUCUUUGAGAAGGAACUGCAGAACCAAGCGGUGAUGGAGGGGAAAUCUGUGCUGAUGUCUUGUGAAGUUUCCAGUGCUAAUGUCCCUGUCACUUGGAAGAAGGACAACAAUGUGGUAGAAGGAGGGCAAUACAUUUUAAAGAAGAAAGGCCCCACACACACCCUGGAGAUCAAGAAACUGCAUAUGGAGGAUGCUGGAGAGUACUGCUGCAUCUCCAGAGGCAAGAAGACCACUGCCAAGCUGAUUGUGAGGGAGCGCGUGCGGAUCAUUACAGAGCUGCAAGGUAUAACAGUGACAGCGGGUGAGGACGCAGUGUUUGUGUGUGAGCUGAGCCAUGCAGACGUGAGUGAGGGUGUCUGGUGGCUCGGCUCCAGCCCUCUGCAGAAGAACGAGAUGAACCAGAUGACGUGCCAGGGUCGCCAGCACCGACUGGUCCUCACUAUGACAACACCUGAGGAGACGGGCAUUGUGGCAUUUGUGGUUGGGGAGGAGAGGACCUCUGCACGUCUGCAAGUUGUUCCUAAGGCCCAAGUUUUAUUUGAGGAAAAGCCUAAAGAUGUCGUGAUCAUGGAAGGAGAGACAGCUACUUUGUCCUGCACAACCUCGGAUUUGACCUCCCCUGUUACCUGGAGGCGCAACCACAUCCCUCUCCGAAAUGGUGAUAAAUAUGAGCUACUUAAGGAGGGAAAAGUCAACCUAUUGCUUAUCCGUGAUGUGGAUCCCCUGGAUACUGGCACAUACUGCUGUGAUACAGGAGAUGUGCAGACCAGUGCUAUACUUACUGUAACAGAGCUCCCUCCAUUCUUCCAAGAAGAAUUGCAGAGUGUGGAAGUUGAGGAGGGAGGUACAGCCUCUCUGUACUGUGAGCUUUCUAAACUUGGAGUGCCGAUUCAAUGGAAGAAGAACAGGAUGCCACUAAGAGCCAGCAGAAACUACGAGAUCAGGCAGGAUGGCUGCCUCCUCCAGCUCCACAUCAAGGAUCUCAAACCUGAGGACAGCGGCAGCUACACAUGUCAAGCAGGAAGUGCAGAGACCACUGCUACUGUGACAGUGAAAGAGCUCCCUCCGUUUUUCAAGAGAGAAUUAAGAAGCGUGGAGGCUGAGGAGGGAGGUACAGCCUCUCUGUGCUGUGAGCUGUCUAAACCUGGAGUGUCAGUACAGUGGAAGAAGAACAGGCUGCCACUGAGAGCGAAUAGGAAGUAUGAGAUGAAACAAGAUGGCUGCCUUCUCCAGCUGCACAUCAAGGAUCUCAAACCUGAGGACAGAGGCAGCUACUCAUGUCAAGCAGGAAGUGCAGAGACCACUGCUACUGUAUCAGUGAAAGAGCUCCCACCAUUUUUCAAAGACGAAUUGCAGAACGUGGAGGCUGAGGAGGGAGGUACAGCCUCUCUGUGCUGUGAGCUGUCCAAAGCUGGAGUGUCAGUACAGUGGAAGAAGAACAAGCUGCCUCUGACAGCGAACAGGAAGUAUGAGAUGAAACAAGAUGGCUGCCUUCUCCAGCUGCACAUCAAGGAUCUCAAACCUGAGGACAGAGGCAGCUACACAUGUCAAGCAGGAAGUGCAGAGACCACUGCUACUGUAUCAGUGAAAGAGCUCCCUCCAUUCUUUAAGGAAUAUUUACUAAGCAUGGAGGCUGAGGAGGGAGGUACAGCCUCUCUGUGCUGUGAGCUGUCCAAAGCUGGAGUGUCAGUACAGUGGAAGAAGAACAGGCUGCCACUGAGAGCGAACAGGAAGUAUGAGAUGAAGCAAGAUGGCUGCCUUCUCCAGCUGCACAUCAAGGAUCUCAAACCUGAGGACAGCGGCAGCUACACAUGUCAAGCAGGAAGUGCAGAGACCACUGCUACUGUAUCAGUGAAAGAGCUCCCACCAUUCUUUAAGAAAGACUUAGAAAGUGUGGAGGCUGAGGAGGGAGAUGCAGCCUCUCUGUACUGUGAGCUGUCUAAACCUGGAGUGUCAGUACAGUGGAAGAAGAACAGGCUGCCACUGAGAGCGAACAGGAAGUAUGAGAUGAAACAAGAUGGCUGCCUUCUCCAGCUGCACAUCAAGGAUCUCAAACCUGAGGACAGAGGCAGCUACUCAUGUCAAGCAGGAAGUGCAGAGACCACUGCUACUGUAUCAGUGAAAGAGCUCCCACCAUUUUUCAAAGACGAAUUGCAGAACGUGGAGGCUGAGGAGGGAGGUGCAGCCUCUCUGUGCUGUGAGCUGUCCAAAGCUGGAGUGUCAGUACAGUGGAAGAAGAACAGGCUGCCACUGACAGCGAACAGGAAGUAUGAGAUGAAACAAGAUGGCUGCCUUCUCCAGCUGUACAUCAAGGAUCUCAAACCUGAGGACAGAGGCAGCUACACAUGUCAAGCAGGAAGUGCAGAGACCACUGCUACUGUAUCAGUGAAAGUGCUCCCUCCAUUCUUUAAGAAAGACUUAGAUAGUGUGGAGACUGAGGAGGGAGGUACAGCCUCUCUGUGCUGUGAGCUGUCUACAGCUGGAGUGUCAGUACAGUGGAAGAAGAACAGGCUGCCACUGAGAGCGAACAGGAAGUAUGAGAUGAAACAAGAUGGCUUCCUUCUCCAGCUGUACAUCAAGGAUCUCAAACCUGAGGACAGAGGCAGCUACACAUGUCAAGCAGGAAGUGCAGAGACCACUGCAACUGUAUCAGUGAAAGAGCUCGAACCAUUCUUCAACAAAGAAUUACAAAGCGUGGAGGCUGAGGAGGGAGGUGCAGCCUCUCUGUGCUGUGAGCUGUCCAAAGCUGGAGUGUCAGUACAGUGGAAGAAGAACAGGCUGCCACUGAGAGCGAACAGGAAGUAUGAGAUGAAGCAAGAUGGCUUCCUUCUCCAGCUGCACAUCAAGGAUCUCAAACCUGAGGACAGCGGCAGCUACUCAUGUCAAGCAGGAAGUGCAGAGACCACUGCUACUGUAUCAGUGAAAGAGCUCCCUCCAUUCUUCAAGGAAGACUUACAAAGCAUGGAGGCUGAGGAGGGAGGUGCAGCAUCUCUGUGCUGUGAGCUGUCUAAACCUGGCGCAUCAGUACAAUGGAAGAAGAAUAGGCUUCCACUCAGGGCCAGCAGGAAGUAUGAGAUAAAGCAAGAUGGCUGCCUUCUCCAGCUGCACAUCAAGGAUCUCAAACCUGAGGACAGCGGCAGCUACUCAUGUCAAGCAGGAAGUGCAGAGACCACUGCUACUGUAUCAGUGAAAGAGCUCCCUCCAUUCUUUAAGGAAGAUUUACUAAGCGUGGAGGCUGAGGAGGGAGGUAUAGCCUCUCUGUGCUGUGAGCUGUCUAAAGCUAAAGUGUCAGUACAGUGGAAGAAGAACAGGCUGCCACUGAGAGCCAGCAGGAAGUAUGAGAUGAAGCAAGAUGGCUGCCUUCUCCAGCUCCACAUCAAGGAUCUCAAACCUGAGGACAGAGGCAGCUACACAUGUCAAGCAGGAAGUGCAGAGACCACUGCUACUGUAUCAGUGAAAGAGCUCCCUCCAUUCUUUAAGGAAGACUUACAAAGCAUGGAGGCUGAGGAGAGAGGUACAGCCUUUCUGUGCUGUGAGCUGUCUAAACCUGGAGUGUCAGUACAGUGGAAGAAGAACAAGCUGCCUCUGACAGCGAACAGGAAGUAUGAGAUGAAGCAAGAUGACUGCCUCCUCCAGCUCCAUAUCAAAGAUCUCAAACCUGAGGACAGCGGCAGCUACUCAUGUCAAGCAGGAAGUGCAGAGACCACUGCAACUGUGACAGUGAAAGAGCUCCCACUAUUCUUCAAGGAAGACUUAGAAAGUGUGGAGGCUGAGGAGGGAGGUACAGCCUCUCUGUGCUGUGAGCUGUCUAAACCUGGAGUGUCAGUACAGUGGAAGAAGAACAAGCUGCCUCUGACAGCGAACAGGAAGUAUGAGAUGAAGCAGGAUGGCUGCCUCCUCCAGCUGCACAUCAAGGAUCUCAAACCUGAGGACAGAGGCAGCUACUCAUGUCAAGCAGGAAGUGCAGAGACCACUGCAACUGUAUCAGUGAAAGCACUAGAGCUGACUCCACCAAAGGCAGAGCCUCCCACGAUACUGCCCCGGGAAAAGGGCACUGUUUCCAAACCAACUCCUACUCCAGAGAACCAGAAGCCUGGACUCCAAGAGGCCAAUCCUGUUCCUCCAGAGCCAAAAAAGAGAGCUAAUAGGAAAGCAUCUAUUACAAGUUUAGAAAAACAUGUGGAGCCAAUGUUUGACCUAAAACAAGGCAUCCAACCUGCAAGAUCUAUGGAGAAAGACUUUGAUGUUACACAGAACGUAACACAACUGGAGAAGCAUGGGGAGAAAGACAGUGAGGUGUACAAGGAAAUUGACAAGACAAUGAGACUACUGGAGAAGGAUGAUGGGGUUGACAAGGAGGCGGAAGAGCCAGCAAGGCCUUUGGAAAGGGAUAAAGACGUUUUCAUGGAGAAGAGACAACCAGGAACGAAUUCAGAGAAAUUACUCAAAGUUGACCGUAACGCAAGUCAGUUAGACAGGGUUCAGGGAGACACUUUUUUGACACUGUUUGAACAAAAGAAAAGGGGAAAUGAAGUUGAACAGAGCUCAAAACAAGCAGGAAAGCCUUCAGAGAAAACAAGUGAAGUUGAGAGGAAGGAAAGCCAUCCAGGAAAAGUCCUGUGGCAGAACAGUCAAGAUGAAAAACAGCCUGUGAAACUAUUAGAUACGUUUACUGGUAAUAAAACAAUAAAGGAACAAGAAGAGAAGUUCACAGUAAAGGAGGGCAAAGUAGAGGAAGAGGAACCUUUUAAACCACCAGUAAGAUCUAAAGGAAAGGUAACAGGGGUGAAGGAGCCGCUUAAAUAUGUUCUAAAGGAAACUGAGGAGAUCAUUGUCCAAUCCGUAAAGACUACUGUAAAUGAUUCUGAAGAAGACCAUAAACAUAGAGACCAUGUGAAACAACAAGUGGCCAUAGAGGCAGAGAGAGAGGAAAAGCCACUAAAACUAGUGCCGUCUGUAAAUCAGAUGGACAAACAGUCAGUCGAACAACCAGUAAAGACUUUAGAAAAAGAGGCUGCAUUUGCCCCUCCAAAACCACCUGUGAGGAUAAAAAGCAAAGCAAAGGGGGGAAUGAAAAAAGAAUUAUCAAGGGACACAGAGACAGAUCAAGAUGAUGGGCAGAUGACAAGAGUUGUGGUGAAAACAACAGAUGAUCAGCCAAUUAAAAUGUCAAUAGGGUCUUUGAAAAAAGAGGUUGAAGAGAAACCAAUAUUCGAGAGGAAACAAUCAGUAACAACAGACGCUGAGAUAGUUGAGAAAAUUAAGCAACCUGUGAAAGCUGCGGAGAAAGAUGCAAACACUAAACAGCUGAUCAAACAACCAGUAAAACCCAUGAGAAAAGAACCUGAACUGGUGCAGGAAAUUAAACUUGUAGUCGAGCCAAUGAGAAGGGAGGAAGAACGACAAAGAACAAAGACGACAGAAGACAUUCCUCUCCUCUACAUUUCUGAAGAUGAAACUUUCUUAGAGGCUUUGACUGACAUACCAGCCAACCACAGCAAUGUCCCGCCCCCUGGUGCUUUUGUUGAGGGGUCCACCCAACCUGCUACUCUUCCUCCAAUUAAUGUACCGCAGAAGGCACAACCACCAAAUGGCGGUACACCGGAGAUUGACAUCAGCGUUGAGGACGAACCACAAAUGAGAGAGGCUGCAGUCAAGAUCCAGGCUGCCUUCAAAGGCUACAAAACCCGCAAAGACAUGCGACCUGUCUUUAAAGAGGUGUUUAAGAACCAGAGUGCAGAUCUUCAUGGUACAGUCACUCUAGUGUGUAUUGUAGAAGGAAAAGUCAGCACAGCGCGCUGGCUAAAACACGGCCAACAAAUCCUUAAUGACCAGCGACGCUGUGUUGAGACUACAGUGAACGGUGUAUGCACACUGGUUAUCAAAAACCUGACUACCCUUGACAGUGGAAUCUAUACAUGUGAGGUGGUGAAUACGUUUGGUGUGACCUCCUACAAUGGAAACUUAACAGUAGUACAGCCUCAGAAGCCUGUUCCGGCAGUCCAAAAGCCUGUACACCCUCCACUUGCAGCUAUAACUCCUCUGCAACUCACCCCGCCAAAGCUUGAGGCCCAGGCCAAAGCACAGACUCAGGAUCUGCCUGAGACUCAAACCCAGAUACCCAUUUCAGCUGCAGAUGCUGCGAACUACGUAGAAAAUGUGAGUGUCUCUCUGUGGGAGGCCUACAACCUGACGGAGGACACUCAGAUGAGCCUACAAGAGAGGAGAGGAUCCUCACUCAUUGGUGCCAGCUCCAUGUCGAGUCCCUCGGAUUAUGAUACAGCUCCAGAUAUGAUGGAACCUGUUGAGACUGGCCCAGCUGUACCAAGGGAAGUGACAAAAGCAGUGGACAAAGUGCCUCCAAAAGAUGAUAAAGAACAGAUGGUUCCUCCACAAUCUCCGAAGAAACUACUGAAGGUCAAAGGGGCUCACGAAAGUAGAAUGAGGACACCCUCUCCUAAGCACCACCGCGCCCACACACCCUUAACUAGUGCCGUCUCUGGAUCAGAGUCAGAAGGGGAAGAGGAUAGACGAGAGACAUUUGAAAUGUAUGUGGCUCGAGCUGAUUGCAGUCCAAACAGCGGAAAAAAGGACAGUUUUGUUCUCAAGGAGGGCCAGUUUGUAGAGGUCCUGGACUCUGUUUAUCCGGACAGGUGGCUGGUGAGGACCAAACCCACCAAAACCAACCCUGCUCGACAGGGAUGGGUGUGUCCAGCCUACCUGGAGAAGAAGAGGAAGGAGACCUUCCCGCAACUGAGAGCGCCUCAAGAGGAUCUUGAUGGAAUUGGGUCUACAGGAGAAGAGUACAGGAGAGCUCUGAGCCAGCUGAUCCAAGGCCUGAUUGAUGGAGAAGAGGAGUUUGUAAAGGAGAUGAAGAUGUUUACCUCUCACCAGCUGAAUUAUUUGGAUUCUAGCCGCCACGUCCCCAUUAACAUCCUUAACCAUAAGGAGAUAAUUUUCAGGAAUAUCAAGGACAUUGUGUUUCUGCAUGAGAGGUCCAUCCUUCCCGGGCUGAGAGAGUGUGCCACAGACGACGAUGUGGCUAUGCAUCUGAUCAAACACACAGAGGACUUUGAGAAGUAUCUUCACUACAUGGUGGGACAAGCACAAGCAGAGGCCUGCGUCGCUGACAAGGCUAUCCAACAGUAUUUCAAAGAGUUACCAGAAUCUGGUAAGCCUGAAGAUCCUGUCAUGGAUGUCCUUACCUUCCUCCAGCGACCAGUGGAGAGGAUUCAAACUUACCAGGCUUUACUGAAGGAGCUGAUCAAGAACAAAGCCAAAAGUGGCCAGAGCUGCUGUCUUUUGGAGGAUACCUUCUCCAUGGUGUCCUGUCUACCCUGGAGGUCUGACAACCUGCACCAGGUGUCCCUCAUCGAGAACUACCCAGCUCCUCUAAUGGCCCUGGGCGAGCCCAUGCGACAGGGAGUCUUCACAGUGUGGGAGGAAUCUCCAGACAUCAAGACGGGCUCUAGAGGUCAUCAAAGACAAGUCUUUCUCUUCAAGGAAUGUAUUGUACUGUGUAAACUUAAAAGAGACACCAGUAUGAACAGUGACACCUUCACCUUCAAGAACAAAAUGAAGCUGAAUGAUGUGGACAUAAAGGAGACUUUGGGCGGAGAUGAAAAGUCUUGGGGGUUGUGGCAUGAGCACAGGGGCUCAGUGCGGAGGUACACACUGCAGGGACGCUCCUCCCUGGUCAAACUCUCCUGGCUCAAGGACCUGAAGGAGCUACAGCAACGUUCCAGUCUGCCCACUAACAGCCCACCAGUGUUUGAAGCACCGUUGUCUGACUGCACAACAAAGAUAGGACAGACAAUCAAACUGACCUGUAAGGUCACAGGAUCACCAAAACCGGUGGUCAGCUGGCUCAAAGACGGCCUUCCUUUAGAGGACGACCCCCGUCACAUCAUCACGGCAGACCGAUCAGGCACCUGCAGUCUCAUCCUCGACAGCCUCACUGCAGAGGACUCUGGACAGUAUGCCUGCUAUGCUAUCAGCUGCAUGGGCAGCGCUGGUACUCUGGCUACGGUUGUGGUGCGCGCUCCACCCAGAUUUGUGUGUCGGUUAGAGAGCGCUUGUCUGAUAGAAGGAGAGAAUAUACAGUUUACCUGCUCCACACUUACUACUCCUUUACCACGAAUCAGGUGGUUGAAAGAUGGCAGAGAGUUGACUGACCAGCAAAAAUACGUCAUCCUGAAUGAUGCUCGGAGUGGAAUCUUGAGUCUGGCGGUAAUCAGUGCAACAGAGGCGGACAUUGGACAGUAUGAGUGUGAGCUUUGGAAUGAGUUUGGCUGCAUCAAGUGCAAGGCAGGGCUGUGCCCCGCUUAUGUACCACCAAUCGACAUUGAGGAUGACCAACCACAGGACUUACCUUCUAAAGAUGCAGACUCAGAGGGCUGGUCCACUGCCUUUGUGAAAAAAUGGCUACAGACGGAUUUCAGUCCGACCUCUAUUGCUAAGAUGCUCUUCCCUCCUGGACACCCUGAACAAACUGAAUGUAGCACUGAAGAGGCUGUUCCUGCCUCGACAUCCAUGGAUCAGGCGAUACAGCCGCCUGUGUGUUACCUCGAGGAAGAAGAGGAGAUCUACAUCUCAGAGCAAAUGCAGGAAAUUACAGAUGCUCCUCCCUCCAUCCAGGUACCCGCUGAGGAUCUGUGUGUAGAGCCUGGCCAACCAGCUACAUUUACUGCCAUCAUCACAGGAAGGCUGACUCCUAAUAUACAGUGGUACAAGGAUGGAGAGGAGCUUGCCGCCAAUAAUAAUGUAGAGAUAGUACAGCAUGGCGCCCGCUGCACAGUGACCAUCGUGUGCCCCGAGAGUGAGGACAGUGGCAUAUAUACCUGCUUGGCCUACAAUGACUCUGGCCAUGCCUCAUGCCAGGCUGAGCUGACAGUGGAGGAAGGCCCACUGGAGUGUCAGGAAAGAGAGGUGGAGCUCGGGAAGAGAAGGAAGUUAUUCUCCGUCUAUGAUGUCCAUGAGGAAAUCGGAAGGGGAACCUUCGGGGUAGUAAAGCGAGUAGUCCACAGAAGAACAUGUGAAGUGUUUGCUGCCAAGUUCCUGCCUCUGCGGAGCAGCACUCGGACCAGGGCCUUCCAGGAGAGGGACUUGCUAUCCCGUCUGGCUCACCCCAGAGUUGCCUGUCUGCUGGACUUCUUUUGUACCAGACGCACUCUGGUGCUGAUCACAGAAAUCUGCUGUUCUCAUGGACUUCUGGACCAUUUAUUACUAAAAGGAUCAGUCUCUGAGAGAGAGGUUCGGUCAUACAUCCAGCAAAUCCUUGAAGGAGUUGGUCACAUUCACAGCAUGAACAUUUUGCACCUGGACAUUAAACCUGAUAAUAUACUCAUGGUGUAUCCACCCAGAGAUGAGAUCAAGAUCUGUGACUUUGGCUUCUCCCAAGAAAUAGACACAUCCAGACACCAAUACAGCAUGUUUGGUACACCAGAGUUUGUUGCCCCUGAAAUUGUUCACCAAGAACCAGUCACUGUGACCACCGAUAUUUGGUCUGUAGGUGUAAUAGCCUAUAUAUGUCUGGUGUGCCGUUGCCCUUUUGCGGGACCGACAGACCGUGCUACACUGCUGAGGGUGGGGGAGGGGACCCUGAACUGGGACGCCCCUGACGUCUCCUCAAGGAGCCCUGAUGCCCAGAACUUUCUCCACAUGCUCCUUCAGCCAGAUCCAGAGAAGCGACCAUCUGCCUUUGAGUGCUUGAGCCAUGAAUGGCUCCAGGACGAACAUGCAGGAGAAGAUACGGAUGAAAUCAACACCAAGACUUUGAAAAUCUUCAUCUCAAAAAGGAAAUGGCAGCGUUCGUUGACCUGCAUUGGCUCAGUUCUCACGUUGAGGCUCAUCCCUGAGCUGCUGGACGCUCCUCUCAGAGAGACUGCAGUGACAGUGCCCCGCGAGCCCCAGGAGCACAGCAGCACCUCUGUGAGCAGUGGCUCCUCAUCGGAGUAUGACGAAGCUGACUCUUGGGACUUUUUCCAGCACUACAGCCCGACUGAGGAGGAGGAAGAAACUGAGGAGGACUAUGAUCCUUUAACGGAGAGAGCGCACAUCCCUGAGCCUUUUGCCAAACUCCACCUAGAUGCAGAAGAGGAAGUGACAUUAGGGGAGGAAGAAGAGCGGAGUAUGAGCAGGCAGUCAGUUGCGUCGUCAGAUGUGUCAGGCCAACAGACACCUCACAGGGAGCGUAGGUUCAGCAAGGACAGCAGUCAAUCUCUCUACCUUUCUGAUGGAAGUGAGGGUUCAGGGAGUGACGGAGCUCGUAUCCCUCGUGGCAGCGUCAUCCGAAGCACUUUCUACAGCACCUCUCAUCAGCUUUCACCCAUGUCUGCCAGACACAUGACAUUACGGGACAAAUUCCAGGUCAAAAAGCAGGAGAGAGGCCGCAAACCACUCCGGAGAAGCUUUUCUGGACGUCUCAACGAGCCUCUUAUUGAAUAUGUGGAGGAUGAGACGGAGACCAAUCGUGGCCAAAGACGGGGAUCUGUCCAGCCUACAAUGCAGAAGUCAUGUUCCUUUGACAGUGGUGUUGGCCUCGCCCACACCAAUGUACCCCCUCACAGGAGGAGCAGGUCUCUUGAUGAGUAUUCACGGCGAUCUCCCAGCUCACCCAAGCGCACAAAGUCGGGUGAAGAAGAAGGCUCUCAAAGUCUAAAGGAAGAUUUAACAGAUGAUGAAGUGGCAGGGAGAGGAUUGUUGGCCAUCCCGAGCCCUCGGCGACCCACAAGAAGAAGAGGCUCUGUCGCUCCAAUACAAGGGACUCGUGUGCCAGGUGGAUCAUCUGUUCCCUCAAGCCUCCUUGCUGGAGACAGAACGAGCCCCAGACUGGAUCAGGAGCAGGCAGCAGGUGACACCUUCGCUGGCUCCCAGGGGUCUCUUGCUGAGUCGUCUAUUUUAGAGCAUGGUGGCUCUGAGUCUUCAAGCAGACUCGGCUCCUGUGAGGAGCUAAGUCAUGGUCAUCUCAGAGCGAGGCACAGAUCAGGAGAGAGUGAAGUGUAUGAUGACCAAGGGGAGCCUCUGAUUUCACCAUCCCCAUGCUCAUUCCAAGAGGUUAAACCGAGAAGCUUGUUUCCCCAGGCACCGCCACGUAACCGCACCCGCUCCAACCCCAACUUAUCCACAAACAGCAGGGGUCAGCCAGGGACCCCACUAACAGUGAGCCCCAGUCCCAGCCUCUCUUCUCUGCAGGCCCCAGAGAGGCCUCCCAGAGCCAAGGACAGGAAGGAGGGCUGUGGCCUCCAAAGACAUGCAUCUGCUCCGGCCCUCGAAGCCCGGCCACCUACAGGAAAGUCCCCCAAGCUGGGACUGCUGAAGAUCUUCCGCAGGCAGUCCUGGACCAGCCAUUCAUACUCCCAGCUGGACAACACAGAGUUAGGACCCACACUAGGAGAGAUCAUGAAGCCAGAUACUCCCACCAUGUCUCUGAGGAAGAAAAUGAGAGCUUCAGCCUCCAGCCUGACCAAGCUGUUUUCCAGGUCUUCUAGUAAGGAGGAUGUGAAUAAAGGAGGGCCGAUAGUAAAAGUUUCAGCUCCCAUCGCACCUGAAAGGCAGCAUAGAACUGGUCUUGAGAGUCCAAAAAAGAGGACUUCCAAACUAUUACCUUCUUUUAAAAUACCUGCAUUCAAAAAGACCAAAGAUCUGCUGGCCCGUCCCAACAAGCCUGAAGUGCUCCAGUUAGAUGGAGGUGGAGUCCUGCUGGUUUGGAAACCAGUCCAGUCCAGUAACCCUGUCAACUUCUGUGUGCAGUACUGUACAGAAGGUGGGGAGUGGACGGUCCUGUCGGAGGAGGUGACUGAAAGCUGCUAUGUGGUGAAGGACUUACCCAGAGGAGCCUCUUAUGUGUUCAGAAUAGGCUGCAUCACCAAGACAGGAGCAGGACCUUUCAGUGAUGCUUCAGCACCUGUCGUUAUGGCUACUCAUCCUGAAGAGAUUCACAUUCCUCUAAUCCAGACUGAGUCACUGGGGUCAAAGGUCACUGGGUCAGAACGACAGACAACACACAAGAACUACAAUUUCCUCUCUGAGAUCAACAGGGGUCGUUUCAGCGUAGUUACCCUGUGCAGGGAUGCUGAGACCAGCCAAGUGUUUGUUGCCAAGAUCACCCCUUACCAGGCAGAGCAGAGACAAUUGGUGCUGAGGGAAUACCAGCUGCUGAAGAGGCUUCAUCACCCUCACCUGGUGCAGCUGCACACUGCCUAUCUCACCUCCUGCUACCUGGUGUUAGUGGAGGAGCUCUGUCCCGGCAGGGAGCUGCUCUACAGUCUGGCAACGAGAGAUCUGUACGCAGAGACUCACAUCACCGAGCUGCUGGUUCAAAUUCUGAGUGCAGUUGACUACCUUCACAGCCGUCGAGUCAUCCACCUGGACCUGAAGUCUGACAACAUGCUGGUGGAUGAUUGCAACCACCUGAAGAUAGUUGACUUGGGCUCGGCUCAGUCCUUCACACCCGGUCAGCCUCUCAACAUCGAGCACAUCCAGGGCCUGUCAGAGAGCAAAGACUGCCGCAGCAAAGUUUAUAUUGUCCUUCCUAAAGCUCCGGAAAUCCUGGAAGGUCACGGUGUCGGGCCUGAAACUGACGUUUGGGCUAUUGGAGUCCUGUCCUUCAUCAUGUUGAGUGCCGACAGCCCGUUCCAUGCAGAGCACAGCUGGGAGCAAGACAGAAACAUCAAGAAAGGGAAGAUCCAGUUUGGGCGCUGUUACCCUGGUCUGUCAGAGGGAGCGUUAAACUUCAUGAAGAGCAGCAUGAAUAACAAAUCCUGGGGGAGACCCACUGCAGCCGAGUGUCUCCAGAACCCGUGGCUGCGUGCCCAUCGUGCCCCACACAAAGGCCGACACUCCAAAGUGUGUUUCUCCACAGACAAGCUUAAAGAUUACCUCAAGCAGAAGGAGGAGAAACGAGACCAGGUCCGCACCAAGCUUCAGGGUCCCUUCUUCCAGUAAGGCAACACUGUGGGGGGUUUCUUUUACUAGUGGCUUUUCCUAGAAACUAUAAUCAGCACAUUUCAUUUCAACUAAUAGUUUCCUGUGUGGCUCAUUUCUAACUAGAUGGAGCCAGGCCAGAUUAUAAAAAUCAUUAUAGUAUCCUCUGAUUUUAAAAUUGUGAUGUGUCUUAAUGAAUUUUCAAAGUGUAUUUAUCCAUUAGCUUGUAUAUGUUAGUGUGCUGCAUUGUUUGUGCUUUGGUUUAUAUGGAAACAUAUCAGGGAUAAGAUUUAGUCUAAGAGUGCAUGAGUUGUAAAAUUUAGAUUUUGUGACACAAGAAACUGUUGUUUUGCUCCUCAGUGUCAGACAGAUUUUGUCAGGCAGAGUUUGGCCUUAAAGUGCAAAAUGUUUUCUUGUAAAUGUACACAUGUUGCCUUAAGUUAUAAUGUACAAAUGGAAAAUCAAUUAGAUUUUUGAAUGCUUCAUAAUAGUUAAAUAUUGGGUUAGUCACCCACCCGAAUGAGUUGAUGAAUGAAAGAUUAAUUAAAAAGCACAAAAGUGGUCAAGUCA